AUGCCUAUUCCAUUUCUAAAGCUUCCAACUUUAGUCCAAAUCGAAGUAAUGAAACAACUGGAACUUCAAGAAGUGUUCUUGUUGAGUCUAUGCUCUGAAAAGUCGAAAAGAAUGGCUCAACGUCUCAGCAUAAAACCAAUGAAAAUUAAAUAUACAUUUCAUGAAAAUUCUGUCCGAGCUUCUGUAGCGUUUGACCAAUACGAGUGGACAACACAGGAUGUCGCUAAUCUGAAAUUUGUUCCAUCCAUUCCACCUGUGAAGCUAGGAGGGAUAAGUUACAAAUACGUCAACGGCGCGUUACACUGCAUUGAAGAGCCCGCAGCUUUGGAGUUUCUUCAAAGUCAUAUGAACAACGUGUUCCAUGGCCAACCACAAGUUCAACUACACGUCAACUCCAUUUAUUCUAUGUACCAAUCUGGAAUUAUCAGGGAUGUCACUGAUACAAGUUUUAAAAUAGAUGAUUUGGUCACGGAGGAACUCGAGAACUAUCUGACCAUUCAUCCAAACCUGAAUAGCCUACGGUUAGCCACCAAACUUUUUGGGCCACCGUUUGGAAAUGACUCAAAGUUGUGGGAUAUCAAAGGAUUGGCGUUUCAAAGAACAUAUAAUGAGUUUGAUGCGAUUUUGGGUAGGGAGAUUGACGAAAAAGGUUCGGAAAUAAUGAGAAACUUUGGUGGAGAGUGUCUGCUCAUGUUCCAUGUAGUCUAUGAUAUCGAAGACUGGAAAUAUAUGAUCAGAAGUUGGAAAACAAAAGAAUCCUAUCAAAAUUUGAAAUGUUUGUAUACAACGGCACCCAAGGGAACUGCUAUCGAACAUGACAUGAUUUCGGAAUUCAAUUUCGUGAAGUGGGAUGGUCAGAGACGACCAAGAUUUGCAGACUUCGAUCCGAAAAUUAUCAAUAUGAGAUUGCAUCCUGGAGGACUCGACUGCGGCGAGUGGAUGGAUAUCCAACAGGAUGGCGGUGGGAAGUGGGCAUCGAUUAAGAGGAAAGAUAGUGAGAUAUGUUUUGUUGUGUGGGAUGAAGACCUUUUGAAACCAGACGAUUCGCAACCUUGA